AUGUCUUUUUCGAAAAAUGACCUUGUUUGGGUUCCUUGUGAAAAAGAGGGUUACAAAAUACUAAAAGUUGACCAUGUGGAUUUAAUUAAUGGAAAGUUAUUACUCAGGGAUAGCAAAGAUGACGAUAGUAGUGGCCCAUGUAGAACGGAGAAAGUUUCUAUUGGAACAUGCUAUAAAUAUGUUAGUGAUACAGACAAGGAUGAUAAUACAUCUUUGACAUCAUUGGAUCCUGCAAAUAUACUUGAGAACAUUAGAGUGAGAUUCAGACAAGGGAAGAUAUACACAAGUACGGCUCAUGUUUUGUUAGCUAUGAAUCCCUAUAGAGACAUUCCAAACUUAUAUUCAGAAGAAACAAAAAGGAGUUACUAUGGGAAACAUAUUAGCCAGAUGCCCCCUCACCCAUACUCUAUUGCAGAUCAUUCAUAUAGAAACAUGGUUUUAGAUCGAAGAAAUCAUGCAAUUGUUAUUUCUGGAGAAAGUGGAGCAGGAAAGACAGAAACUGCAAAGAUUGUAAUGUCUUAUUUGGCAGAAGUAGGAAUUCUCCCAAGUUCAACCGAAAUUGUAGGUACAGAUGAAGGUGGGAUGACGGAGAAGCAAAGAAAGAGGAUCAUGCAAAUUCGAUUAUCUUAUGCAUCCCACACCAUUUUUGGGGAGCAGGAAGCUAGAGAUAUUCAGAAAAGAAUAUUAUCAGCAAACCCAAUUUUAGAGGCUUUUGGUAAUGCUAGAACCGUUCGUAACUAUAAUUCAUCAAGAUUUGGAAGGCUAAAUAAGCUUUACUAUAAUGAACAUGGAUUUUUGAAGGGUGGAGGGAUAACCACAUAUUUACUAGAAAGUAGCAGGUGUGUAAAACAUAAUCACAAUGAAAGAACAUAUCAUUGCUUUUACCAAUUAGUUCAUGGAGCAACAGAUAAUGAGCUGGAGAAUUUUUACUUAAAAAGAGAUGCUUCCAGGUAUUCAUUGUUGAAUCAGGGAAAUUUGGCUUAUAGCUCAGAGGUGGAGAGUGAUCGUGAACAGUUCAAUAUAUUAAAGCAAUCCUUGAAUAUUAAUGGGAUAAGUAAUGAAAGACAAACUUUUUUGUUUCAGAUUUUAUCUGGCAUAAUUUUACUUGGAAAUAUAACAUUUAAAGACUCUGAUGACAAAGGGACAUUAAAAGAUAAAGAAAAGUUAGAGUUUGAUGAUCCAGAGUUAGUGACGAACAUAGCCAAUCUGUUUGGUAUAAGUACAGAUUUGCUAGUUGAUAUAUUAUUGGUUAAGCAAUUAAAAGUAGGUAAUAACCAAACUCCAGUAUCUAUAUCAAGAACUGGCCAGCAAUCAUUACAGUUAAUUCACUCAAUCAUCCGUUCCAUUUAUAUUCGAAUAUUUAACUGGGUAGUUUCUCACAUUAAUAGGUUUACAUCAUGUAAGGACGAGGACCUAGGCGAGACAGUAUCUCCGAGGAAGCAAAACAUGACCAAUUCUGCUAAUUCUUUAUAUAUAGGAAUAUUGGAUAUUUAUGGUUUUGAGAAACUUGAAAUUAAUUCUUUUGAGCAACUUUGUAUCAAUUUAGCUAAUGAAAAGUUACAAGAGUUCUUUGUAGAGAAGGUUCUUCAAAGUGAGCAAAAGCUUUAUCAACAGGAAGGCUUGGUUUGGACAAAUAUCGAAAUCCCAAAAACCCAACCUGUUUUAGAUUUGAUCUUUGAUUUAUUUUCUCUCUUAGAUGACGAUAGCAGACUCAAAUCUCAAGGUCAGGAUAUCUCAGAUUUGACUUACUGGCAAAAAAUUAAUAAUAAAUAUGGUAAGUCAGUGCAUGGUGGUAGUUUAUAUGGUUCUACGCACUCUCCAAGCAAAAUUUUGGGUUUGUGUGGAGGAGAAACCGCAAGCAAGUUAAUUAAAUUUCCAUUGAAUGGUUUAAAGAAGUUGAAUCAGUCUGAUAUAGCAACAGUUUUUUCUAUUAAACAUUAUGCAGGAUCUGUUGAAUAUACUUUGAAUGGCUGGUUAGAAAAGAACCAUGACAAGAUUAUUCCAGAGCUUGAAGAGAUAUUGGAAAAUUCAAGUAAUGAGAUAUUAAAUAGCAUUAUAGACUCUGAAUAUAAAAGUAGGAAAAGUGCAAGCUUUAGAAGUGUUAGUAAAAAGUUCACAAAGGAUCUUAAGGACAUGAUUCAAGAUUUAGGAGAAGUUUCACUGCAGUUUAUUAGAUGUUUUAUUCCAAAUAGCCAUAUGAGAUCAGAUAUUUGGAAUGGAAAUAUAGUUUUAAACCAAAUGAUUCAGUCUGGAACAAUACAGAUGGUAAAAUUGAUGCAUUAUGGCUAUCCAAAUAGAGCAAGCUAUUCAACAUUGAUUGAACAGAUUCGGUCUUUAUUACCAGAAAAGUAUAUAUAUGGAUUAUCUGACAGAAUGAUUGUGGAAUUCUUCUUGUCUGCUUAUUCUAUUCCUUCAAAUACUUAUCAAUUUGGUAUUUCCAAGUUGUUUUUAAAGUCUGGUCAGUAUGGAUUAUUAUUGGAUCAAGUUAAUGACUAUUCAAAAGGUAACUAUGAGAGUGGAUUGAUAAUUCCAAGUGAAGAGAUCCUUAUCAAUUUAAGGAAAGGAUUUGCGAGAAAGUGCUUAAGAAGAUGUAUAAUGGUAGCUGAUAUAGUUUCAUGGAUGAAAAAUAGGUUUAUUGUUUUAAUAAGAAAAAGAAGGCAAUUAAUGAAUUUACUAUCUAUCAGGAUUUAUAGAUGGUAUCUAUUUUAUAAGCAUAUAAUUCUUCCUUUAAAAAGGCAAGUUGAGUAUAGAAUGCCUUAUAUAAUUGGGAUAAAGAUUGUAGAUAAUAUGAUAGUUCAAGGAAGAUUGAGAAUGAAAAAGUAUUUCUUAGAUAUUCUGAGAUCAAAUUACGAAGAGUUUAAGAUUGUUAAUAAGUUUGAGAAGAAUAUACAAAAGGAAGAAAAACAUAUGACUGAUGGGACCUCAGAAAUACUUAGAAAUGAGAAUAAUGGGGAAAUAAUGAACAAGUUGGGACUUAACCAGCCGAACUUUGGAGACCAUAUAAAAGAAGGUUAUAUGACAAAAACGAACAAUUCAUUAGUUAAAAGUGAGAAUGAAUUAGAGAAACAAGGUCUGGUUGGUUUGGAAAUAUGGAAGCAAGAGAUCUUUUCAUUUGUGGGAUACAAAAAAAAUAAGAGACAUAACUACUUGAUACAUUAUGAUGGAAACAGUGUAUGCUUACUUGAGAUGACAAGGGAUAAGGUUAGAUCUUAUGAAUUAUUUAUUCCAAAAGAUAUUAUGGAGGAGAAUGAUGAUGAAAUGGAAGGAUCUAUCUUAAAGUUUAUAAGUAAUUCAUCUGAAACAAAGAAAAGAAUACAGGAAAACGAAGAAAGUUUAGAAAGUGAUGACUUUGAAUAUUACUCCGAGUAUAUUACUGGAAAGGAGACCAAAAGAAUUGAAUAUGAGUUAGGAAAUCCUUUAUGUUUUGCACAACAUCCAACUUUUAGUACAAGCUUUGCUAUGAUAACAGAAAGAGGGUCAAUUGUUACAUUUAAAUUGAAAAUGGAAUUAUUUCCAGAUGGAUCUGGAGAGAUGUAUGAUGAUAGAGAUUUUGUUGAAAAUGAUGAAUACUGGGAUAUAAUUAAUUCAACACCAUCAACAAAACUUCCAAAUUUGGGUUUUGACACAGAUAUAGACAAGAAUAAUGAAAUAAAUAGAGUUAGUGGAGACUAUUAUUAUAAUAGUAUAAGGCUGAAUAAUAAGUUUAUGAAUGGAAAUAUGAGAGACUUUGAUGUAGUAAAAAAAGAUGAGGUUGGACAAAAAGAAAGAUAUAAUGAUUCAGUGGUUUAUACAAAAAGAGCAGGAAAAAAAGAAAGUGUAGAGAAUAUUUCGGCAAUGAGCAUUUGCUCUAGUGUACCAUUUAAUGAAUAUAUUCCAUUUGAAUGGAUAGAAAAAGGGCAUAUUUUUGUUCCAUUAAAAAUUCAUUAUAUAGAUCCAACAUCUUAUCAGUAUUUGGGAAUACUUUGGCAUGUGGAAUAUUCAAAAGAGGAAAUAAAUGGUGUUAAUAAUAGUACUAACAUUGAUAGUGUAAGACUACCAAUUCCAAUUUCCUUGAAGAAGAAUAAGAGAAGGAACAUAUCAGAGAAUUCUAAUUAUAUAGAAUUAAGUUACAAGGAAGAAAAGGGUUUAGAGAUAUUUGAUGGGUUAUUUACAGUAUUAGAUUUAUCAACAAACCAGAUUAUAAGCUGGAUAAACUUUCCAUUCAAAUUAUCAAGUAUAGUCGAAGAAUGGACUGGUAAGGAUAGUGAGAUAAAAAGAGGAAUGGCAUGGGAUAGAAAGAAUAGUUAUCAUCCAAAAUGUUGGUGUAAUUUAUUUGGAUUUGCAAUGAGAAAAGAUUCUUCAGAAAUAAUAAAUGAGGAUGAGAUGAAUGAUGGAAAGUUAAUAGUUAAUAAGGAUACUUCAUUGAUUUACGACGUAAUACCAACUGUUGAUGUAUUAAAGGAGACAUGUUUUAUUUCUAGUGAGAAAUUGGAGAAGUACAUAAAAGAAAUAUCAAUUGAAGAUGAGGGUAUUAGAGGAGUAGGAAUAGAGAAAAUAACAGUGGAACGUAGUUUGAUAUUUUUGGGAGGCCCAAAAUUGGGAUUGAUAUUGUCAUUAGAAAUUCAAACAAAUGAAGAAGUUUUAUUGGAUUGUAAAAUGAAUUUGAUGCACGAUAUAGUAGGUAUAGCAGAUAAAUGUAGUAAGAUGGAUACACUCCAAUAUAGUAAUGGAAAUGUAACAAGUGAUAGAAUUAAUGAUGAUAAGACUAUUUUGGAGAAUUCGUGUUGGUUUACAACAAGUUUAUGGUUACGAGAUGGAAAUUUUAAUUUCCAAAAGACAAUUAUCUCAAAUGUUUUUCCGAAUUCUCAAGGAAUAAAUGCUUCUACAUCUAAUGUUGGUUUAAAUGGAAUUCACUCAAGACUUGCUGACAAUGUUGAGUUAACAUUAUUAUUGGGAACAAUUAAUGGCCGAAUAUUGUCAAUAAAUUUGAAUAAAAAUGAUUAUUCACCAAAAAUUGCAAUAAUUUCUCCUUUUGAAGUAAAUGAUUAUAAUCAUCAAAAUCAAAAUAAGAUUUUGAAUGGAGGGAUAAGUAAUGGAAUUGUUGGUCAGAACCAAAACAAUGCAAAUAUAAGAAGUUGUUCAAUAGUUUCAAUUUUUAAUUUGAACAAUAAUAACAAGAUUUCAUGUGUUUCAUCAACUGGAGAUAUGGUUACAAUCCAACUAAAUUCAUUUGGGUCAAGGUAUAUUUUUUCGGACAAAUUACAUAUAUGUUUGGAUAAAAGAUAUCGUCCAUUUAUUGUUCAAUUUGUGAUAUUUAAUUCUAAAAUAGGGCAAUCAAGAGUGAUUGACAAUAAUUUAUCCCAAUCAUUUGUAUUUUUGGAUGCUGUUGAGAAGAAUUUAGUGAUUUAUAAUAAAAAUCUAGGAACUGCCAAGUCUAUUGCUACUAUUAUUUGA